CAAAAAAGACCAGUUUUCUCCCUGAAAAUAGAUGCUUCCAGCAAAAUCCAAGUGGGAUAAAGAGGAUGAUGAUCCUUUAGAUACACAGUGGUAUCUCUCAGAAAAAGAACGAAGAAAAAAGACCAAACAGGAGAGACACAGUGAAAAAACAAGUUAUAAAGAAAAUCUAGAAAAAAAAGAGGGUAGAAAUGAGACAAAAAGAGUUAAUAUAGAAGAAGAAGAAUCAGACGACCCGACAAAAUAUGAAAAAAAUGAAUAUUUGAGCGAUCCAAGAGUGAUAAACCAAGUAGAAAAGUCAGAAAAAAGUUUUAAAAAAAUGAAAUAUGAAUCAUCAUUAAAAAUGAGUCCAAAUAUAGAAAAAAAUACUGGAAUAGGUCAUUGUAGAAGUGUAGAAAAUUAUACAUGUUUAAACCAUAUUGAAGAAGGGUCCUAUGGAAUCGUAUAUAGAGCUAAAAAUAAUCAGACAGGAGAAAUUGUAGCACUAAAAAAACUGAAACUUGAUCAAGAAAAGAAUGGAUUUCCUAUAACAAGUUUAAGGGAAAUAAGAACAUUAUUUGCACUUGAUCAUCCUAAUAUUGUUAAUAUACGUGAGAUUGUGGUUGGUGACUCAUUGACUCAAAUAUAUAUUGUAAUGGAUUUUGUGGACCAUGAUUUAAAAUCUUUAAUGGAAGAUAUGACCCAAAAUUUUUUGCAAUCAGAAGUAAAAACAUUAAUGCAACAACUUUUAUCGGCAACAGCACAUAUGCAUAGCAAAUGGAUCUUGCAUAGAGACCUUAAGACAUCAAAUCUUUUGAUGACAAAUCGAGGAAUGAUAAAAAUUGCGGAUUUUGGUCUUUCAAGAUAUCAUGGUGAUCCAGCACCACCUAUGACACAAUUGAUUGUUACUUUAUGGUACAGAUCUCCAGAAAUUCUUUUAGGAACACAUAAGUAUGGAACAGCAGUUGAUAUGUGGUCAAUAGGAUGUAUUUUUGCGGAAUUAUUGACAAGAGAGCCUUUAAUACGUGGAAAAGGUGAAAUCGAUCAACUUUCAAAAAUAUUCGAUCUUAUCGGAGUACCAACAGAAGAAACUUGGCCAGGCUUUAUGAAUCUUCCUAAUUCAAAAAACAUGCAUUUUCCAAAGAAAAAAUCCAGUACUGGUUCUCGUUUACGAACAAAAUUCCCAUUUUUAACAAAUGCCGGUGUUGAUCUUCUUGCAAAUCUACUUACUUUAGAUCCAAAUAAACGGAUUUCUGCACAUGAUGCUUUACAACAUCGUUAUUUUACCGAAGACCCUAAACCUAAAGAUCCUGCUCUUUUUCCAACUUUUCCAAGCAAAGCAAGUGAAGAACGAUGUAGACGCUAUCAAAGCCCCGAUGCACCUCAUGCACAACAAUAUGAUUCUAUUUCAUCUUUCGAUUCACCUAAACUUUUUGAUACCCAGUCGACCACUCGUCCUAAUUAUUUUCAACUUCGUAUCUACUAA